CUUUUAUUUUGAAACCGGAGCCGCCGCUGUUCUGCCGAUCGUGAACCGUGUAGUUAGUUGAGCUGCCGCUGUCUGUGGUGCCUGUGUGAACUGUGUGAGCUGUCAUCUAAAUGAUGUGAACAACUGUUUGUUGAUGGUGAUUGCUGCAGAUGUAACAUCAAGAUGUUAGUCACUGACCUCAAAACUAUGUUCAUCUUUGAAUAUGCAUCUGUGGUCCAUCCCUUUACCAUCAAUACAAAUCGUUAAACUGAAUUCCUGUCUCCUCAUUAUUAGUGCUCUGAUCGGCACUCAGAAGGGUUUACUCGUCCGAUACAGAAUCAGAACCUAACAGUCUUAAAGCCUUCCUAACAAAAUUUGGUCCUUCGAGCCGGAUAGAGUAUUGCCUUCUGACAUAAUGGAAUCUGAUGAGGAGAUUAUUGGAGGAGCUCGCCCAAAACGCCAUACUCGUCCUCCAGCCUACCUACAGCAGUAUGAUGUGCAAUAUACCCGAGGCAGACAUAUCGCUGAGGAUGAUGUCCGACGGACUUGGGAGGCACCUGUCCACCGGACUCCUCCCCCAUCCUUCCAACCUUAUGCCACCUCCCUUGGUGAUGCCAGGGUCUGUUCCAAAGACUCACCGAUCCUGUCCUUGGGUAAUAAGCCUCCACAACAUCCUGAAAUACCUCAACCAUCCUUCGCUUUAACUCGAACGGCUGAUAUCACUACCUCUUCACAAGACAGUGAGCUACAGCGCCUGCGUUGUGAGCGUGUACAACUAAUGCAGACCCACCAGUCAUUUCAGGCAGACUUACUGGAGCUAAGAGAAGUCCGUGCAGAAGUCAGAGAAUUAGUUCAGGUGGCACAGUCUCUUCGCGCCGACUUCAAACAAGCCAUAUGCCAGAUUCCCUCGCCUACAAAGCCUAUGGCGUCAAACGUAUACUGGCCCUCUAUGAAGCCGCAUGAAUCCACCACCUUAGCAGAGGACGGACACUUCACUGAGUUUCCACCACCUCCAUGGGCUGAACCUAAUGACGACCUUAGGGCACAGAUGGGCUACCUCACGCUGUCUGAAAUGGGUGAAACUAGCUACCAAUCAGUGGUUCCAGGGCCUGGGAAGUAUGCCUUUGCAUACUCAGCUACACCAGCGCCACCGUAUCAGUCUCAUUCCCCUAACACUUUUGGACUUCCUCCUCCUCCUACCCCUAAGGAGCUCCAAGAGUUAUUAACACCUGCCACUAUGCCCUUACCUUCCCAUCACGGCGAUAAUCAGAGAGUCAGCUCAGUGCCAGCGUUCAUGCAUCCUCAAGCUUUGGCAUCAGCCGCUAAGACCAACCAACGCCCUGUACCUCCUUACUCUGGUUCUGAAUAUGUGUACCGGGGUCCUACCCCAACGAUUCCCAAGUUUAGUCGUCCUGAUCCGGGUGAGUUUGCUCGACUUAGGAUAGCUUUGGAUAAUCUUCUUCCCCCUGAUGGCACUGAACUUUUCAAAUAUCAGAUCUUAGUGGAUCACCUUAAGCUUGACGAAGCCAAAAUGAUAGCGGAUGCAUAUCUGAACUCACCUACACCGUUUACUGAUACAAUGGCUGCGCUCCAUGAGAAAUACGGUCAACCACAUCAGUUAGCUUUGAAGAGGAUCGCUUCUGUGCUCGAAAGUCCUGACAUAAAGCGAGGUGAUGUCUCCGCCUUUCAAAGAUUUGCUCUUCAGGUGCAGUCACUCGUGGGUCUCUUGAGAACCUUGGGACGUGAUGGCGAAUUGGAACUUAGUUGUGGGUCCCAUGUCGCACGCCUUUUGGGUAAGCUUCCCCCUGAGCAGCGUGCUGAGUUUCGGCGCCAUAUGUUUCGCCAACCUGGAACAACACCGAAUUUGGUUGACCUUUCGAACUGGCUCCGUUACGAAACCUGGUGUCACAGCUAUGAUGCCGAACCAACGCCAAAGGGCUCGCAUACUAAGUCAGACUCUGUGAAGAGGACAGUAACUAUUCUGCAUGGUGUUGGAGAAUCCCAGGGUGAGACACCCAUCCCUCGGAAAGUUCAUGUUUCACAAACCAAGCCUGUGAAAGUCAAGCGUUAUUGUCCUUUCUGUGAUAAGGCAGAGCAUUACCUGAGUCAGUGUGAGUCCUUUGCCAAGCUUACCUCCGACCAGGUCAAAACAUGGAUUCGCAGUAACAACCGUUGUUGGCGUUGCGCCAGGACACACCAUGCUGCCCAGUGUGACCUAAAGAAGCCUUGCAAUAUCUGUCAAGCCAUCCACCUUCGUCCUCUUCAUGAGGUGAAUGUCAGUUCCUUUCCCAAGGACGAUUCAGCUAACAUGGAAAAGAGUUGCCUGACAAGUUCUUCUUCAGAUCGGUUCUUUCUGGAUAAGCCUUGUGUUGGAGGUCGGGUUAUGCUCAAAGUAGUUCCUGUAAACCUGCAUUAUGAAGAUCGCACAUUAGACACCUAUGCUCUUCUUGAUGAUGGGUCGGAGAGGACUAUUCUGCUUUCCACUGCUGUUAAGGCGCUGGGCAUUCGGGGUGUUCCCGAGGAUCUACCUUUGCGAACAGUGAGGGAUGAUAUUCAGGUGCUUCAUGGUUCGUCAGUAUCGUUCCAGAUCUCUCCCUUCUGUAAACCCCAGAAAAGUUACAAGAUUAACCACGCCUUUACUGCAGAUCGUCUUAACCUGUCGCGUCAGUCGUACCCCAUAGAACAACUGCAACAGAAGUACCGACAUCUGCGAGGUCUUCCUGUCCGUACGCUUACAGAUGUCCAGCCAUUACUUCUUAUUGGUUCCGAUCAACCUCACCUCAUCACCCCAACAGAGCCUGUGCGAUGGGGCGGCCCGGGUGCGCCAGCUGCGGUUCAUACGCGCCUGGGAUGGACACUUCAGGGCCCCAUACCUUCCAUGGGGCGGCCUCAUGCCACACGGCAAUGUCUGUUUACCUCCAUUGCUCCAACUCAGGAUGAACUCCUUCAAAAUGUUCAACGACUGUGGCAGUUGGAUGUUGUUCUACAGUGGGAGGGCAAAGCGGUGACCAGGUCCAAGGAGGAUCAAAGGGCUAUCGAGUUGCUUGACCUUAAAACUCUCACUCCAGAAAUCGAUGGAAUCAAACGGUUGGCGACACCUCUACUGCGGCGGAAGGAUAUGCCUUUGCUGAAUGCACCUAAGGAAUCAGUCCUACCUACCCUUCGCAGUGUGGAAAGACGUCUGCUAAAGGACCCUGUAAAAGCUGAGGUUUAUAGGGAAGAGAUGAGGAAACUCAUUGAUACAGGAGUAGUUAAGGAAGUGUCUGACCCUGUAACUGAGCAGUCUGAAAGCUGGUAUAUCCCUCACCACAUCGUCAGUCACAAUGGGAAGUUUCGUGUUGUCUUUAACUGCUCCCAUCAAUACAGAGGACAAAGCCUUAAUCAGUACCUGCUGCCAGGGCCUACCCUUGGAGCCUCGCUAUUAGGUGUCCUGGUCCGCUUCAGAGAACAUCCUGUAGCUGUGAGUGGGGACAUCAAAGCGAUGUUCCACCAGGUCCGUCUUCUCCCUGAGGACCGUCCUUUACUCCGUUUCCUGUGGCGAGACCUGGAGAUGGAUAAGGCACCCAAGAUUUUCGAAUGGCAGGUGUUACCCUUUGGCACGACCUCCAGUCCAUGUUGUGCUACCUACGCUGUACAGCGCCAUGUGCUGCGACACCCCCUGACUGAUGAGGCGAUUCGGUUCUCGGUAGAAAGAUGUUUCUAUGUCGACAACUGCCUGCAGAGUUUGCCUUCUUCUGAUGCUGCUCGGACCUUGAUUAAUCGACUACGAGACAUCCUUUCUGAAGCUGGAUUUGAAAUUCGCCAGUGGGCCUGCAAUGAUCCUGGUGUGCUGAGUCACCUCCCGACGGAAGCUCGAUCCGCGAGUGUGGAACUGUGGUUGACACAAGGGAAGUCGGAUGUCCCUGAAUCCACGCUGGGUCUAAGUUGGAACUGGCAGCAUGAUACCUUGUCCUACAAGCAUCGGCCUGUGAUUUAUGGAACUCCCACUUUGAGGAACAUCUAUAAGGUCCUGGCUUCCCAGUACGACCCGCUAGGAUUCCUCCUACCUUAUACGACUCGAGCAAAGGUCAUCAUUAAGCACCUGUGGAACAAACAGAGAGGGUGGGAUGACCCUAACCUACCACCUGAACUUCUUCAGUCCUGGAAUGCGUGGGAGGAGGAACUUCAACACCUCUCUUGUGUCUCUUUCCCCCGUCCUUAUGUUCCUGUUGAUGCUGGAAUGGAUAGAGCUACUCAUGAAGUACACAUCUUCUCGGAUGCCUCCGAGCAAGCCUAUGGAGCAGUGGCUUAUCUCCGAACUACUGACCAGGAUGGUCGGACUUACCUGUCCUUCAUAGUCGCACGCUCCCGUGUUACUCCAAGACGAACUCACUCCAUUCCAAGGCUGGAACUCUGUGGAAGUCUAAUUGCAGCACAGUUGGCUAAGUUACUGGUGACCGAGUUGACCUUAUGCAUCAAGUCUGUUUCCUUGUGGACCGACUCUACCACGGUCCUCCAGUGGUUGAAUUCAGAGUCCUGUCGCUAUAGGGUCUUCGUGGGAAACAGAAUCGCAGAGAUUCAGGAACUGACUGAUAAGUGUUCAUGGCAUUAUGUCAGCUCUGUGGACAACCCGGCUGAUGAUCUCACGAAAGGGAAACCUAUCCAAUAUCUUGCUGCACAGAACCGUUGGUCUCAAGGUCCCUCUUUCCUCCUGCAGGAUCCCAAAGAAUGGCCAGCAAUCCCUAAACCUGAGGUUAUAGAGGACAAGGCAGAAAUGCGGAAAUCUGUCUUCUGUGGGAUCAAUACCUUACCUCUUCCUUCUGAACACUCUGAUAAAUGGAACUACAACACCUGGCAAGAGUUAUUGGACAUGACUGCCCAAGAACUUCGGGCUAUCCAUGCUCCAGGGACACCUCCAGAGGCUGAGGAUUACCGCCAGGCUGAGAUCGAUAUUGUCAAACAGGUACAACAGGAAUCCUUCCCUGAGGAUUACAAACUGCUUCGGACUGGAAAGUCGGAGACCGUUUAA